AUGAUGGAUGAUGACCGGCAACGCAUCAAAUUCCCAAGCUUCUCAGGUUCAACCGGACGUGCGCAGGCGAUGGCUGAAGGUACGGUGGGCGAGCAGGAGCAGCAGCUGCGCGCGCUGCUGGCCAGCAAGAGCCCUCGGAACGCGACGGUGCAGCAGCUGCGGGCGGUGAUCCGCGACUCGUAUGAGGCGCUGCUCUUUCUCGACUUCCGCUUCGCCGUCGAUCACGACGUGCUCUACCUGCUAUGGCGCCUGCACUACAACCGCAUCGAGGAGUUUCGCGCGCAGAUCCGCCGCAUCCGUUCCGCGCCGGCCACUUCCAAGGCGGGUUCCGCGCAAGAUCGCCAGCCCGCGUCCGUCUCGAUCCUCUCCCGCGGGUCCCCCGCCACACGUCGUGCGCAAGCGCGUCCGCAAAACGCGUCCGACGGGGCGGGCGAGCGCGCGGAAGCGUCGACGGCGGCUAGCGCGGUGGCGGUGUACCGCGGGUUUCUUUCGGAGGCGGCGGGGUUCUUCCACGAGCUCGUCGGCAAGCUCAAGGCGCGCCGCGCCCUGCUGUGCGACCGCGGUGUCGCAGACUCACAGUCGCAGCAGGGCAGGGCGGGCGACGGCGACAAGUGGCGCGCGGCGUGCCAGCAGUGCCUCGUGUAUCUGGGCGACCUCGCGCGCUACCGGGAACUCGUCGUCGAUGGUGACAUGGCGACCCGUGAUUGGUCGGUAGCUGCUGGCUACUACAUGCAAGCGGCGCUCAUGCUGCCGUCCACUGGCAACCCGCACAACCAGCUGGCAGUGCUGGCGACGUACGGGGGUAGCGAGGUGGCGGCGCUGUACCGCUACUACCGCUGCAUUGCUUGCAAGCAGCCCUUCGCCACCGGCCGCACCAACCUGCUCGUCCUCUUCGACCAGAACGCCAAUCGCUGCAAUCGCCUGGGUGCGGCGGGGCCUCAAGCAGCACAAGGGGCGGCGCAGGAGGCAACGGGGCAGGCACAAGGAGCGCAAGGAGCGCCCGCUGAGGCACUGGCGGUGACGUGGAGGAAUCUCCUGGAGUCGUUCGGCGCCGUGUAUCUGGCGGCCAUGAACGACUUGGAGCGCCUGCUCGCUGCGCCGCCACACGCCCUGCAACCCGUGCUGGCGGUGGGGUCGUCCGCGUGCCCCACUCUCCCUGCCGCGGGCGCGGAGGCCACAGUGGUGGUGCAGAUGGUGGCGUGCCUCGUGUGCACCGUGCACGCCAUGCUCGCCCCGCACCACGCCUUCCCCUUCGCCCCCCGCCCCGCCAGCGACGCCGAUGACACGCGCAGCACGAGCGUGCCGUCCAGCGCGCAGCUGCAGCAGCAGGCGGACCGCCUGCGCCACGCCGUCACGCUCGCCUUUGAGUUCGUCGGCCGCCUGCUCUCGCGCUGCGCCGCCUCCCCCGCGCCGCUCGCCUCGCCGCUCUUCCCCGCUGCCACCGUCUUCCUGCAGUGGCUCGCCGCCCACCCCCACCUCGCCGCGCGCACCAACGAUGAGGCGUCGGGGCCGGGGGGACACGCGGGCGAGGGCGCAGGCGGGGGGGGCGAGGACAGGGAGAGCGCGGCGCGCAUGUUCAUGUGGGGGCAGGCCGUGGUGGUGCUCAACCGCCUGCUGCAGGAGCACAGCCGCCUGCUGCCCCCGCUGCUGGUGGCGCACCAGGGGGGCGUGCAGGGCCUGGCGGGCGGGCAGGGGGAGAGCAGCGGCGGGGCAGUGGGGCUGUGGGAGGACGUGGAGCUGCGGGGCUUUGAACCGCUGCCGCAUGUGUGUAGUGAUGGGCCUAAUGACGCGCAGAGGGACGGGCAGCUGGACGUGGACGGCUGGCAGGGCGGCACGGGGGGUGCGGAGGGGCAGGAGGCAGUGUGGGCGCGGGGCAGGAGGGCUGUGUGCGCUGCUUUGACUUUGUCGGGAUGGGUGCAAGGCGGUGCAGGUGGGGCAGCAUGGGCGCCAGGGGACGGCAGCAGCGGCAGUGUGUUGCACUUCAGCAGGCGGCAUGGGAGGUUCUUCAUUGCAUCACUCGUGGCGGAUCAGCUGCCCUCACCGCCUGCUGCCAGUGCAGCACAUCCCACGCACGUGGUGCAUGGCACCAGCGCGGGCAGUGCACACACGGCGGCACCAGGGUCACUCGCCACUGCCUCCGCCACCCCUGCUCGCCCUGCACCCGCGUUCAACCACCACGUGCCUGCUGCGCCGCUGCCGUGGGGUGCUGCAACCAUGGGAAGCGCGGGGCAGGGGCUUGCGGGGGAGAUGGCAGGGGUGGAGGCAGGGGGCGACGGGCAGGGCGAGGAGGAAGGGGAGGGGGAUGGGGAGGAGGUGCCGCUGUGGGCGGUGGAGGAGCUGAUAGGGAUAGACAGCUCAGCGGAGCAGAGCGAGCAGCACAUGCGCGAGCUCAGCGCACACACCCACGCCGCUCACUCCGAGCGCCACAAUGGGGUGCUGCCUGGCGCUGCUGGUAACGGUGGGGUGGAGGAGCACGAGGAGGAGGAGGAGGAGGAGAUGAUUGUGUUCCAGCCCUGGGCCUCCGGUGCUGCUGCUGCUGCUGUGCCGGCUGUGCUGCACACCGCUGCUCCCAGGGCAACUGAUUCGGUCAAUAAACCAGCGGCAGGGGUGCAGGCAGCAGGGGGUGGGGGCAGGGCAGGUGUGGAGGGGGGUGCAUGGCAGGUGUCACACGGACUGCUGGCAGCAGGAGGUGAGGGGUUGGGUGACGACUUCCUGGCAGGGCUCAGUGGCGCCGCCGCACCGCACUUGUCCUCCCUGCCACCAUCCUCCUCGCCCUCCCCACGCUCCUCCUCUCCUGCCAUGCACACUGCACCCUCGCCCAACCUGCACCCUCUGCCUGCUUCCCCUGCCACCACUGCUGUCGCGGACGGCAGUCUGCGUCGCGUGCCAUCGGGAGCAGGAGUGAUCGGGCAGGACCGCCACCGCCUGGCGCACAGCGACGGCCAUGGCCAUGCGCGUACGCAUGGGUACAUGGAGGCAGCAGCAGGCCAGCCCAGCCACCCGGCUGCUGACCUGCCUGGGCUGUGGGGUGCUGCACCUCUCCAUGCUGCUGCCACCGCCCCACCUGCUCCUGCUCCUUCUGCUGCUGCCACUGCGCCUGCUGGUGGCUCUGCUGCCCUGACGGCACUGCUGGGCGCGGGGUUGAGUGAGCACGAGCUGAGUGCGCUGCUGGCCAAGGCGCACCAACUCGCACUGCACCCUCAUGCGCCGCCAUCGGCAGCUCGAGGCGGCCAGUACCAGAGUGGCUAUUCGCAAGUGAGUGGGGCGGGAGCGGUGUGGCCCACAUCCCUCACCCACACCCCUCCACCCGCAGCUGCGGCGCCCAACUCCUUCUUCGCCGGCCCCUCUGCUGCACCCCUUGCUGCCGGGCAGCUGCCUUUCCCGCACCUGCAUGCGCAGCAGCACCCGGGCUAUGAGGGGCAGCAGUAUGGGGGCGGGGUGCAGAGGGGCAUGGGUGCAGUGGAUCAGGUGAUGGCCUCCUCCGCCUUCUCUGCGCCCUCAGCACCACCACCAGCCGGCAGCAGUGCACACACAGGCGCUGCUCCCCCGCCCAUGCCAGCCAUGCACGCUGCUGCUGCCACUCCGCAGCAGCAGGCAGCAGCAGCGCAGGCGUCUCUGCAGCCCCCGCAGGCAGCAGCGGCGCCCAACUCGUGGCACUGGAUGCAGCACGCACACCACCCCUGGGGGCCCUGA